CGGCGCCCGCAGCCGCCGGCUGCGCGGCGCCGCUCGGCGCGGGCGGCGCGCCCCCCGCGGGGGUCCACUGCUUCCACGUGUUCUACUCGCGGGAGUCCCUGGUGCCCCUCGGGCUCGGGUACCAGGCGAACGGGCGCGGCGGGCUCGAGGUCCACGCCCUCGUGAAGGGCCUGGUGGCGGAGGCCAACGACCAGGCCUCGAGGAUUCCGGAACCGUGGAGGCGCACGGUGCAGGCUAGACGUCGCUGGGUUCACGUCGCUGGGUUCAGACAGGUCGGCGACGUGAUCACGUCCAUCAACGGGUACACCAGCCCAGAGGAGAUGGCGGACCUCAUCCGCACCGCCUACAGCCUGCACCUGCGAGUGGAGCGGCGGAGCAGACUCGUGACGUCCUGAGCUCGCAGAUGGCCAAAAGCGUGCCGCCGCCUCCACCGGGCCCUUUGUCCAGUCUGAGCAGUGUCGGGGACCCCCUAACGGUGCGGUGACCGAGAGCAGAGGAAUAGGGUGGUACACUUGUUGUCUUUCACCC